UUCUUCACAGUUUACGUGGUUUGUUACGUUCCCACGGUGUGAUUGUAAUAGUCCUUCCGUAGUUCUACUGAAGAAGACGAGCAGAUCUGUUAAUUUCAUUUUUUUAGCUCUAUGGUACUUUAGAAAUUGCACUUGUUUUUAAACACUUCUAAAGGAUUCCCAGUAUUUGGAAGUGUUUUCUUAAAACAAGUAGACUUCCAAUGGCUGGUAAAAACAUCGCGGUAGUUGCGUUCGGAGCCGGGGUUACUUACUGUCUUUAUAAAUUAUUGUUCUCAAAGCGUUCUUAUAAGUAUCGUAAUCCCGAACAGUCAGGGAAAGAAAAUUCACAUCCAGAAGUCUGGAAUGCAGAGGAUUUGAAAUCUGGUCCUACUGAAGCUUUAGUUAUCAAGAACCCAUCUAACAGCCUGGAUCCUCAACAUCUACAAGUGUUACUUGAGUUGCUUCAUGAUACAGAAGAACCUUUUACUCGUGAACAAGUUUUAGUAACUCUGGCUAAUUGUGCAGCUUUUUCCGUAAAUCAGGACUUGAUUCGCAGUCUGAAUGGCAUUUCUGUGAUUGGAAGCAUUCUGUAUGAUCCGUCAGCUGAGGUCAAGGUCAAAGCCCUCAAUGCUCUCAACAACCUGAGUAUGAAUGUCCCAAAUCAGGAGCAGAUUACAGUUUAUCUUCCCAGGAUACAGGAGAUUGUUAAUACAGCACCCCGGAAUUCUGACCUCCAAUUGGCUGGGCUAAGACUGCUGACCAAUAUGUCGGUCACUAAUAUUUAUCAUCAUGCAAUAAUCAGUUCAGUUCCUCAGUUUCUUCAAAUAUUAGAGGACGGCUCUGAAUUAGUACAGAUUCAGGUUUUGAAAGUGCUUGUGAAUCUGUCUGCUAACUCGCAUUUAACUAAACAUCUCCUCACUUUAAAGCCUCCAUCAUCAUUUAUUUCACUAUUUGACAGCUGCAAUAACAGAGAUAUUCUUCUUCGCCAGCUGAUAUUUAUAGCAAACCUAAAGGAGAACUUAAAAAAAGAAGCACAAGAAGACAUUCAGUGUAUUUGUGCCAAUGAUUCUUUUUAUUCUUUACUCUUUGGGAAUUCAUCUUUGUUGCCACAGAAACUUGCCUCUUUAUUGCUGCAUCAGGAUGCUGAUAUGAAGCUACAGGCUGCAAGAAUUCUUACAAGACCGUUCUAAGUGUGUUGGUUAAUCACCACCAAAUGUCAUAAAUCAUCUAACACAUGAAAUAUUCAGGGUUUCCUUUUGUUUGGCUUAAAGAGGAGUUAAUCAGUGGCAAGUUGAAUUUCUUGCAUAAAACUGCAUAUUUUGUUGGACUUAACAUCUGAAAAAAAAACAGCAUAAAUAAACAUUUGUUUGACUGUAGUUUAUAUUGUACUCAUUAGAUUAAAAAAGUUGAAAAUAGUAAUAUCUAGUGAAAUGAAAGAAAUAGUAGUAGAGCGUUUUGGAGAAGUUCAUAUAAUGUAUUUAGACUUUUUUUUCAGAAUCAGGCGAGAUGUGCAUAAGGCAGUUAUUAUUUACAGGAAGUAGAGAGAGAUACGUUUCAUUGUAAUACUUUGACUGUGACCAAACUGAAGAUCAGUUUGAGAGAAUAGAUGAGACAGUCAUUUGAUAUUAUGUAGACUUAGAUUAAAUUAAUCCAAUUUGUGCUUUUAA